AUUCUUCGGCUGUCUAGAAAAUGGAUUCUAGUCAAAUGUUUUGUGCAGUGCUAGUUUCAAUAAUGUUCUCAAUUUUCAUAAAAUCUAUAAUAUUCCCUGAGAAACGAAAUAUUCAAGACAAUAGGACAGAUAAGCGUAAAAGUAUCUCGUCACCAACAAAAAGCUUAUUAUUAGGAAGAAAGUUCUCUGACACAUUAAAACCAGUACUAGAAAUGCAUGACGUCAUGGAGCUACGGAAUCUAUCGAUGGUUGAUCUGCAAACUUUUAAUACACAAUUUUCCAAGAUAACUGAUCGAUAUUGGAGAGAAAUUUUCAGAAGGCAAAAUGAUUCCCAUCAUCCUGAUCAUAUUAAUGUGUCACGGUUACAAACUGCGAAUAUUAUUACUGUUCUAGAUGAGAAUCUACCUCAAGGAGCUAUUCAGGAACUCACCAUAACUGGUCUAAUACCAAAACCAUUUUCCUCUCGACGGUGUGAAGUAAUGCGAUACCUGAGAGAGCGGCUAUCGUGUUCUCCGGAUGUCGAAUUAAGCUUUCAAGGCGAUCAACUUAGAAUUACAAAUCCAACUUUAAAUUUAGAAAAUGUUCCGGUUUUAUCUAUGGAAAAACACUGAAUAAAACAAAAUAAUU